GAUUCUAAUAAGGAUAUUAUUAUAUUAAAUUGUUUUAUCUUGGAGGAUGUAUCCGAGGGGAUAUACGGAUAGUAUUUGGAAAGAUAAUGACUUUACCGAAUAUUUUAAAUACAAAUACAUAAUUUGGAUUUCACCUAUUUGUCUUAUAAUAUCUUUGUUGAUUUUAUUAUCAACAGGGUUAUAUGUUAUUGUUUUGAGAUAUUAUAAAAAAUCGAAAAGGUAUGUUUCACUUGCUCAAGACAAUGAUUCAUCGAAUUUUCUGUCUACAUCUUUUAUGGAUAUUUGUUUUUCAAGAAAAUCAACGUCAUUUUUACAUUGUGGAUUGGAUGAAUUAAAUAGACAAAAUCUUAAAGAGUAUAAAAUCAAACCAUCAAAGCAAAUGUCAGUUAUUAUUACUGAGGGAAUAAUAGUACUAUUUAUAAUAUUGUUAUAUUAUUUUUUUUUAGAUGAAUCAAAAUAUCCUCUUUUUAUUAUUAAUAGAAUUUUUACAUGGGUAUACGUUUUUAUACUUAUUGCUAUUCGAGCAGCAUCGAUUGAUGUAGAAUCUAUUCCUCUAUCUACAUUAUGGUAUCAUACUUCUCUUUUAUACGCUUUUCAUUUGCCUUUAUUUUAUAUUGAUUUACGAUCUAUGAUUAUUGCUCAUGAGGCAACUAUCUUAAUUAUGUUGUCUUCGAUAAAUAUGGUUUUGGUAUUUGUAUUAAAUGCCAUUGUUUUGUUAAGUAGAAAAGGCAAUAGAACAGUUCGUCUUAUUGCUUUAAAUGGACUUAACCCUAGUAAAGAAAAACUUUCAUCCAUUCUUUCUAUGUUUACAUUUUCAUGGAUUGAUCCAAUUAUUAUUCAAGGAUUUAGGAAAAGUCUUACAUUUUCUGAUAUUUGGGAUUUAACAGAAGGCGAACAUUCAGCUGCUGUUUUGGACGCUUUUUAUACUACUAAGAAAGCAUCACAUUUAAAAUAUACAUUGGUACGUCAUUUUAAAGCGACAAUUACUGCCCAAUUUGUAUGGGGAACACUUUUUACUAUAAUGUCAUUUGCUCCUGUUAUAUUUUUAAAAUUAAUUCUUGAGUAUAUUGAUAAUCCUAAAAACCAAACAAAAGAAGCAGUAUGGAUGUAUGUUAUUGGCAUGUUUUUCUCGUCAGUUAUUUCGACUUUUUUUAUGAGUCAGUCUUAUUAUGUUGGUCGCAAACUUUGUAUAAAAAUUCGCUCAGUAUUAGUCGGGGAAAUAUAUUCUAAGGCAUUGAGACGACAUAAUAAUUCCAGGAGUCUUACUUCUAAUGAUGAUACAAUUGAUUCCUUUCAAGCUACUAUUGGUACAAUUAUUAAUUUAGUGGCAGUUGAUGCAUAUAAGAUUUCGGAAGUAUAUGCAUAUCUUCAUAAUUUAUUUAUUACCGUGCCUUUGCAUCUUAUUGUUUCUUUUAUUUUGAUAUCUAGGAUUUUUGGAUGGAGUGCUAUUAUUGGGUUUUCCGUAAUAAUCAUAUUUAUACCUAUAAAUUCGUAUUUUUCAGCACUAUAUCAUAAAAUUCAGAAAGAGAUAAUGUCAAUUUCUGAUACUAGGAUUAAUUUAAUAAAUGAGAUUUUUCAAAAUAUUCGUCUUAUCAAAUAUUUUGCAUGGGAAGAAAAUGUCACACAAAACGUCAAUAGCAUUAGAGAAGAAGAGAUUAAAAAGCUUUGGAAAAAGUAUAUUCUUUUAUCUUUUGCUUUAUUAUGCUGGAAUGCAUCAUCUGUAAUUGCUUCUUUAAUUACAUUUUUAGUUUAUACAAAAAUCGCACAUAAUAAACUAACUGCUCCCAUUGCAUUUACUUCUUUAGCUCUUUUCAGUAGUUUUAGAGCUCCAUUGGAACAGCUUUCAGAAAUAGUAUCUAAUUUUAUGGAUUCGAAAGUAUCUAUAAAUAGAAUUGAUGCCUUUUUGAAAGAAGAAGAAAUAGAAAGACAUAGUAGAGAUGCCGAUUAUCUAUUGCCUGAUGAUUUUAUUAUAGGAUUUAAAAACGCAAGUUUUACAUGGGCUUCAAAAAAUGACGUUUUAGAAAAUACAGAAAUUUAUUUAAAUAGUUUCCGUAUUUAUGAUUUAAACAUAAGCUUUCCUGUAGAUAAAUUAACAGUUAUAAUCGGACCAGUGGGUUCUGGAAAAACUUCUCUUCUAAUGGCGCUUUUGGGAGAGAUGACAAACCUUGGAGGUAAAGAGUUUUGUCCCGGCAAAUAUAAUAAAAAUUAUUUGAUUCCUGAUCAUCAAACGGGCUUUACUGAAUCAGUAGCGUAUUGUGCUCAACAGCCCUGGUUGCUGAGUGAUACUAUACGGAAUAAUAUUUUAUUUUAUUCAUCAUAUGAUUCUCAAAAAUAUAAUAAGAUUGUCAAAGCAUGUGCUCUUGAACGCGAUUUUCAGAUUCUAGACGGGGGUGAUCAAACCGAAGUUGGAGAAAAGGGUAUUAUACUUUCAGGUGGACAAAAGCAGAGAAUUUCUAUUGCUAGAGCGUUUUAUUCAAAUGCAAAAUAUAUAAUACUUGAUGACUGUUUAAGUUCUGUUGAUUCAUAUACUGCAAAAUGGAUAUUUAAUUAUUGUAUUAAGGGAGAAUUAUCAAAUGGAAGAACUAUAAUUAUGACAACACAUAAUGAGAAUCUUUGUGUUCCAGAUGCAGAUUUUGUUAUUAUAAUGGAUAACGGAAGAGUUUCUGCUCAAGGAACUCCAAAUGAUCUUUUUGAAUCUAAAUUAUUAGAUAGAUGCGAGAGCUCUUUAAAAACUGUACCGUCAUCUACUUCUUUAAUACAUAGUAUCCAUUCUUCGCAAAUUUCUCUUAAAGAACAGGAGUUCGGUUUAUAUGAAGAAAAAAGUGAAACAAAUGAAUACGAUAUCAAAGACACUAAAGCUUUUGAUACGUUUGACUCAUCUAAAGGAAGAUUAAUUGAAGAAGAGGGAUAUUUAAGUACUUCUAUGAACAAAAAUAUUUAUAUUGAAUAUACGAAAUAUUUUGGAGGAAAGUUUUUUCUUUUCGUUCUCUUUUUAAGUUUCAUAAUACCACCUAUUCUGAAUGUAUGUCAGUCUUUAUGGGUUCGAAAAUGGACACAGGAUAAAUCUAUAAGAUUUUCAUACUAUUCUCGAGACUUUCAAAAAGAUCAGUUAAAUGAAAAAAAUAACAUAUUUUAUACUAUUUAUUAUUUUUUUAUCACUACAUUCAAAAGAUUUAGUCAUAUGUCUACCAAUCACGCUCAUCAAACUAAAUAUCAAAAUUCCUCUUUAAAUCUGAAUUAUUAUAUUAAUAUAUAUAUACUUAUAUCAUUAUUAUAUAUUUUUUCAACUUUUUUUAGGAUAAUAAUGGCAUUUACUGGCGGUAUUAGAGUUUCUAUUAAAUUGCAUGAAAAAUUAUUUCAAUCUGUUCUUGGCGCUAAAAUACGUUUCUUUGAUGCUACACCUAUUGGUCGUAUAAUGAAGAGAUUUUCAAACGAUAUUGGAGUUGUUGAUCAAGAAGUAUCUUAUAUAUCACUGACAUUGGUUUAUGAUUUUUUUAACUCAAUUUGUUUGAUCCUUAUAAUCACUUAUAUUAUACCAAGUUUUCUGGUUUCGGAGAUAUUUAUCAUGAUUAUAUAUGUGGCCAUUGCUCUAUUUUAUAUCCGACCAUCUCGUAGACUUAAGGAUUUGGACUCGAUUACUAAGAGUCCAAUAUAUCAGCAUUUUAGAGAGACGUUAACAGGAAUUAAUACUAUUAGAGCAUAUGGUUAUGAAAAAAUAUUUAUUAGGGAAAAUUUACAGAAAUUGGACCUUAAUAACAGACCAUUUAUAUAUCUUUGGGUAUGUAAUCGAUGGCUUAGUGUACGAAUAGACUUUAUCGGAGGGCUUAUUUCCUUAUUUGCAGGGAUUUUUAUAAUAUUAAAUAUAGAUAGUCUUGAUUCGGGACUUGCAGGCAUAAUUUUGUUUUAUAUUGUUUCUUUUACAGAUCAUAUGCUUUGGUUAGUACGAUUGUAUACAAUAAAUGAAUUAAACUUUAACAAUGUUGAGCGUAUUCGAGAAUUUUUUUUCAUUGAACAAGAGGCUUCUGCUAUUAUUCCUUCUAAUAGACCUGGAAAAGAUUGGCCAGAAAAAGGUGAAAUUGUAGUUCAAAACAUAGUUGUGCAAUAUAUGCCAGAAUUGCAACCUGCUAUCUCUAAUCUUUCUUUUAAAGUAGAUCCGUGUUCAAAAGUAGGAAUUGUGGGUCGUACCGGAGCAGGAAAAUCCACUAUUGCUACUGCAUUUUUUCGAUUAAUUGAAUUACAAAGUGGUAGUAUUAUUAUUGAUGGUGUAAAUAUAUCAACAAUUGGCCUUCGUGAUUUACGAAGAUCUUUGACAAUCAUUCCACAAGAUCCAGUAUUGUUUAAAAAAUCAUUAAGAUAUAAUUUAGAUCCUUUUAAUAUUUUUACUGAUGCGGAAAUUUUUGAAGCAUUACGUCGUGUUCAUCUUAUAGGAUCUAAAUCAAUGGAGGAAGAAUCUAAAAACUCCAAUACUAAUAUCUUUCUAGACCUAAAUACACAAAUUGAGGAAGGUGGAAAUAACUUAUCUCAUGGACAACGGCAAUUAAUAUGUCUUGCACGCUCUUUACUUAAAUCCUCACGUAUUAUUAUUAUGGAUGAAUGCACUGCUUCUAUUGAUUAUAAUAUGGAUACUAAAAUACAAAAAACUAUACGUUCUGAGUUUUCUUGUUGUACUAUAUUAACUAUUGCUCAUAGAUUAAAAAGUAUUAUUGAUUAUGAUAAAAUUUUAGUUCUCGACUCCGGUAAACUAUUGGAAUAUGAUCAUCCUUAUCUUUUGCUUCAAAAUCCUCAGUCUGAAUUUCGAUUUAUGUGCGAAUCUUCUGGAGAAUAUAAUACUCUUAGACAGCUUGCCCAAGAAGCAUAUGAAAGUAAAUGUAUAUAGUCAUUUUAUCGGGUAUUUUCUCUCUAUUUUCUUUCCUAUUCUCUCA